AAGAACAAAUAUAAAUGUUUUGUUUCCUACUUAUAUGAUUGUAUGGUCUCAUUAUAUAUCACCCACUUUCUACCGAACGGUCCACGAAUGUAAAUCUGCGUAUUUGUUUUGUUUACAUAUGCAAAAUGUUUUCCAUUUCGAAAAAUAAAAAUAGACUUAUAUUUCACUUUUGUAUGGUGGAACAUAUUUCCUAAAGAUAGCUUAAUGUCACACUUCUACAGAGGUCCGUCGUUGGCUUUUAGUUCUCCAUAUUUUGAUCAACGCUUUGGGACCCAUGUGAUGACCACAUCAAGAUUCCGAUUACUGUCUCUCCAAUUAGUUUUAUUUCUCCUUUUUUAUAUAUCAUGAAAAUUUAACGACCUUAAUAUAUAUACAUACCAAACGCAACCACCUACGAAUUAUUCCAUUUUAUUUUGGUUUAUUCCUCCUUUCUCCACAUGAUGGAUACAUUCUCUUGUAAUUCUUAUGAACAAAAUCACGCUCCUUUCGACCGUCACGAUAAUGAUACUGAUAUUGAUGAUCCUGAUCAUGAUCAUCAUGAUGGUGUUCAGCAAGAGGAGAGUGGAUGGACAACUUAUCUUGAAGAUUUCUCAAAUCAAUACAGAACUCAUCCUGAAGAUAACGAUCAUCAAGAUAAGAGUUCGUGUUCGAUUCUGGACGCCUCUCCUUCUCUGGUCUCCGACGCCGCCACUGACGCAUUUUCUGGCCGGAGUUUUCCAGUUAAUUUUCCGGUGAAAUUGAAGUUUGGGAAGGCAAGAACCAAAAAGAUUUGUGAGGAUGAUUCUUUGGAGGAUACGGCUAGCUCUCCGGUUAAUAGCCCUAAGGUCAGUCAGAUUGAACAUAUUCAGACGCCUCCUAGAAAACAUGAGGACUAUGUCUCUUCUAGUUUCGUUAUGGGAAAUAUGAGUGGCAUGGGGGAUCAUCAAAUCCAAAUCCAAGAAGGAGAUGAACAAAAGUUGACGAUGAUGAGGAAUCUCAGAGAAGGAAACAACAGUAACAGUAAUAAUAUGGACUUGAGGGCUAGAGGAUUAUGCGUCGUCCCUAUUUCCAUGUUGGGUAAUUUUAAUGGCCGCUUCUGAAUGAUGAGCAAUUCUAGUAAACCCUUGUAAAUUUGGUGGUGUUUAUGUAUGUACCCCAUCUUGCAUAUAUUCGCUUGAUAUGUGUACAUCUUAAUGUGUAUGUGCUUAAUAAAACAUGUAGUUUACGUUUGUAAACAUAUCUAAGAGCUACAAUCUCAUAAAGCUUACGAAAGCUUUUUUAAAUACAUGCAAAGCCUUUUUAAAUACACGCGAUUAUUUAUAUCUCUAAAAGUUUGAGAGAGUUAUAUCUAGGUUAUCUAUAUAUAAGGACCAUGGGUAGACCUUAUGGCAGAUUAUAUGGAUGGUAACCACAACUUAAAUUUCGUUUACUUUAAUGUAGAUAUGAUAAGAUUAUAUGUGUGAAAUUAAUACCGUCAACGAAUUAGAAAGUUGAGGGAUAGAAUUCAUCAAUCUCACAUAUUUAUUAAAUUAUACGUACAUUCUAUAUUCAAAAUUAUAUUUAUAUGUGGUCUUACAUAUCAAUUAGAAAGUGACCAAAUGUUUGGCACAGUAUAUUACAUGAACUCGUAGCCGUCCCGGCUUCAGAUUUAAUUAACAAGCUACUUGGUAUACUUAAUCAAUUCUCGCGCUAAUGCAUAAUAUAUAUGUUAUAGGGUGAUUAAUAACUAUAUCAAAUUACAUUAUCCAAAUAUAUAUUAUGUACGCAUAUCUAUAUCUCUAUCUCUAUGUACAUACAUAAUAUGAUAUUAUUAAUAUCUGUCAAUAUCUUAUAAGUAAAUAUAUGCAGACAUAUAUAUGUGUAUAUGUGUAUUUCUUAAGAUGGUUGUAGAAAUGAAAAAAAAACUUUCUUCCUUUACAAUUAAAAAAGAUCAGAUUAUACAAAGGUUAAGGGCAUCUCUAGAUAUAGAUAAAAGAACUGAGGUCAAAUUCUGAUUUAAUAUUUAAAAUUAUAUAUCUUGCAUCCGUUAGCCAAACCUUCCUGUUAGGUGAUCGAUCAAGUCCUUACCAAUAAUCAUUUCUUAUUGUGUAACAAAACUAAUAUAAAACGUUUGAUACCAAAAACAACAUCCACCACAAAAUAUGAAUAACUUUUUUUCAACUUUGUUUUAGUUUUGAAUCGGAGAUAUUUGAUGAUAUUCCGUUUGGUUCUGAAACGUGUUGGAUGAAGCGUCUAAUCAAAUCGGUUAUGAUAUUAAUUGCUGCAUAAAUUAAUUAAUACAUAACUAAUUCCUUACAAUCUAUACUAAGAAGCUUGAAAUUAAUUAUGGUUGCAUGUUAAAGAAAUGGGCAUCGGUUAACCUUUUCUGGUUUUCAUCAUAGACAGCAAAAAAAAAAAUGUUCAACGUUCAAAGGAUUCAAUAAUUUUCCAGCUGCCCAAGUACAUGCUCCACGAGCACGAUUUUAUGAUGCAAAGUUGAUAAUAUAUCACUUACAUUUAGUCCUAAGAUAUGAUUAAAGUUAAAAGAUCAAUUAUUUGAGACUGUAUGAUUAAUUAGAGAUUCACACACUUCCAACAAACUAAGAAUAUUUACGAACUACUAUUAGACAAAGCAACCUUAAAUCUCAUCUUCGAUGUCAAAUCAAAUCUUACAAGAAUCUCAUCACGGAUUCAUUGAUUUUUCUUAACUUUCUUUGUCUUCAGUGAUAAAAUGAUCUCCGUUCGCCAUUUCGGGUUUUGACCGGAGAUAUAGCUUGCUUAAUUCAUUAUAGAUAAAAAGAAGUUGUGCUACUAUCAAAAAAAAAAGAAAAAAAAAAAGAAGUCUACUACUAUCUAGAGUGAACCCGCCGUAUAUACGUAUGUGUUCAUUUAUAUGUAGAAAUCUCAAGUAAAUCUGGUUAUAUUAGAAAAUGCAUUAUUAUUAUUACAAUAAACAUGUCUUGAAUUUUCAUCCAAUAAUAUUUUUAGAAGUUGCUUCUGAGACGUAAUCUCCAUUGUCAAUGACAAUCGUGUUGCGUAUUUUAAGACACGUCACUAACUUGCCGGCUUCAUGUUUUAAAAUACUUCUGUUAUCUAUAUGGUUCAUGUUGAUCAAAAAAAAGAAAAAAAUCUAUAGGGUUCAUAGGUUGAACCCAAAAAAGUCUAUAGGCACAGAUAGUAACAAAUCUCACAAUUUUAGGAAGUUAACAGCGAUACUGAUAGUUUAGUUAACAUAAUUUAACCGAAAAUCCAAAUCGAAUUUAACCAAAAAAAUCGAAAAUCUCUAAUUUUUUUGAGAUAUCUAAAAAACCAAAAUAUCUAAUUUUUUUUUUGGAAAAUUAGACCGAAAUUAAUCGAAAACCAAAAAAUAGUUAUUUUCGGAAAUAAUUUUAAAAACCGAAAUUAACCGAUAACCGAACCAAACCGAUAAUCAAAUCGAAAUUUAAUUCGGUUAAUUUCGGAAUAGGUUUUAAAAAAAAAAAAUUUAACCGAAAACCGAAGUCGCACGGCUAGAUACUAUAGUAAUACGGUCCGGCUAUUUUUAAUGAAGAAUCGAGGAUGAUGACCGUCAGUGAAAACAAGACCAGUAAAAACAAUGAGUAAUCAUCAUUGCUAAACCACUAUUAAUUGACCCUUAGUAGUUUAAGGAUUUACCAUUACUGGAUUGUAACCAUCGACCGUCAAUGGUUAUUCAAUAGCAAGGACCGAUCGUCAACGUUUAGCCAAUAAUAAUGACCGACAAUGAUAAAUCAAUAAUAAGGAAUGUCAGCUGUGACAGACUUUCUGCUACUGAAAAAGAGCUUUGAUCACUCGGAUUUUAAUCUCAUAAACUAAUUGUAAAUGCAGAGUAAAAUACAACAAUAGUAAUACAAAAUCGAAGCCACAAAAACUACACACUUACUUCACUUCUCAGUUCAGAUGAAGGUAGAUGACACAAAAAGAUUGGCUUCGAAAGUAACUAAAUUAAAAACAGUUGAUUAAACGAUGUAAACUGUGGAAGAAAAAUGCUAGGUAUUAAAAAAUUCACGGAAAAUCAGAUCAUAAAUAUAAAUUAUUAGUAAGAGAAUUAACGAAGAACCAUUAUUGAACUCGAACAGAGUUUUAUAAUCUUUCCACUUGUCAUCACUUUAAUUACUAAUGAACUAAAAAAGCUAACCUAAUGAAUUAAUUGUCCUUGAACUUAAGAGGUGAAACACACAUUAAGAACAAGUUUUGUUAGAUUCACAAGCUGUCUUAACAUCAAUUUUCGCCAACUAAAGAUACUUUGCUUACAAGAAUUAUAUUCAUACAAAUUAAACCAAUUUUUGCUACCUCUAAUCAACCUAAGAUCGAUGAACUAAAUGACAAUCAUGUUUUCAUAAAAAACAAUCUAAGUGAAGAGCUCUAAUGAAAAUCUUCUAAUAUAUCAAUCAUAAACAUUCAAUCUUUUCGAUUCUAUUGAAAUCCUAAAACUUCAGUCAUAAAACAUAGAAGCAUAAACACAAAUCAAUGAAGAAAACAUAAUUAGAUUUGAAGAGAUAUAACAUACAUUCAGAAAAAAUCUCUAGUCUCCCACACAGUUCCAAAACCUAAAAUAUAAUCUAGGAUAAAACUUAGCCUAUAAAUGACACGAAAUAGUAGAUAUAGGUCAACCAUAUGUUCUGCUCGAAUUUAGACAAAACCAAACUGAACAUAAGGAAAAUCUAUUUUUUUUUUUGAAUUGAAUGGGUAGAAAGACUAUUUUUAGUAAAACACACAUAACUUUUUAUCUAACCGAUAGAUCAAACUCAAACCUAUAAUUUUAUAUUUCUGACAAAUCUGAGCUUCAUCCAUCGAUGGAUAGUCUUUUAUCCGUUUGACACAUAUGUAAAGUUCUGCAUCUUCAAUUUUCUUUUUGCAUCCAAUUCAACAUAUUUGGUUUCAAAUAGACCUAAAUCAUAUAAACGCACCGGAUAACACCAAAAGAUUCCAAAAUACAUAUUUUGACUCGAUAAAAGACUCAAACACAUACUUUAGAAAUUGGUAAAAGGUAGAUAUAUCAAGCUUUGAUACAGCUCAAGUUUGUUAACCCAAAUAUGAUAUUGCAACUAUAUAGAGAAAUGGCAGUUGAAUAUAUGUAAUUGAGUAAAAAACUAAGAUCUCAAAACUAGUCUCUCAAAAAUGAAAAUUAGCUAAAUGAAAAAAAUGAUUUAUUUGUUUGUAUGAACUAAGCAAGUAAAUGGAAGCAGCUAAUGAGAACUCAUACUUGCAAAAAGGUAAUUAUCAUAAAAAAUAAUACUUAAGAAGAGUUCUUGACCUUAUAUCACGAAAGAUGACUGGUCUUCCUCAAAGCACCGAUUUCACUGCCUAAAAUCUUUGAAUCCUAAAUUGUGGUUUCAACUAAGAAGUUAAACAAAGCAUCAGUUCACGUUGAUUAGUUCACAGUUUCACUAACUUCAAUAUCCAUUAGAUUUUCAGUAAUUGUUCAUUUGGGUUCUUUGAGUAAUUUAUUAUUAUAUUUUGGAAGUUUAAGUUGAUUAAGAUUAAUAAUUUUGUAUUUAGUCGAUUUUUAUCACUAAAACCGUUUACUUAACGAAACCAAUUUGCUAUUUCCUAAACCAACAUCUUAAUCAAUCAACCCCUAAAAUUUCUUUGAAAAUCCUAAAACACAACUGAGGAAUUGUUAACAUACAUACACUAGUAAAAAUCUGUCGCAUAGCCACUAUAGUGCCACGGUAAAACCGUGGCUAAAUUAAAAAAGCCACGAUUUAACCACGGUUAGCCACACUUUAAAAAAUAGCCACGAUUAUAUAGAAACUGUUGUUAAAUUUAGCCACAUUUUAGCCACGAAAUCAAACGUAGCUAUUAUAGCUACGAUUUAGCUACGAAAAAUUAAUGGCCAAAAACUAGCCACGCUUUUGCCACAUCUAUUACAGUGGCUAGAGUGUUAGCCACGGUGUAACCACUAUUUUUCGGUGGCUAUGUCGAAAACCUUAAUUAUAUACCCUAAACCCCAAACAUAUACCCUAAACUUAUAUCUACGUACAAAACAAUAUAUAUGAUUAAGAUUUACCUAAUUUACCUGAAUUUAAUAUCCAACACUUAUUUAAACUUCCAAAAUUUAUAAAUAAUUUAACAUAAACAUCAACACUUUAAAACACCAAAUCUUAAACUUAUCACCCUAUAUUAUAAACAUUCACUCUUCAACUCAAUAGUUUCAAACUUCAUUCUCAAACUUAUAUGAAACCCAAAUCUUAAAUAUAAACUAUAAAAUUAAUCUUUUCAAAAGUUAAUCUCAAACCAUAUACUUAAUUCCAAAUCUUAGCUACAAACAACAUACUUCAAACUUAGUCUAUAUCACAAAACACUAAGCUUAAAUUUUGAAUAACAUAUAAUUCCUAUAAGAUAAAUAUAUCUCAAACUAUAUACAACAUUUCAAAUUUUACAAUUACAAAAUAAAAUAAAAUUAUGAUAUCAAUUUAUUUAAAACAAAGAUAAUUUAUAUAAUAACUAUAGAUAAAUCAAAGGGAAAAGGCAAUUAAUUGUAUUGUUUUUUUUCAGCCAUUGAUUGAUUUUAAUCAAAGGCUCACAAUCAAUCUUCUGUCUAUCUGCGUCCUCCUUUCCUAUUGGACAAUCCAUCAAAAUUGGGAUUAUUAUUUCUGGCCAUUGAUUAAUUGUAAUCCAAUGGCCAACAAUCAAUCUUGUUCAUUUCUCUUCCUCUGUACGCCUUCUCUCUCUCUUUCUUCUUUUCAAGCCGACACCAUCUCCUUCUUCGAUGUCUUCUCUGUUUCUCUAUUAUGGUUGUUUGAGCUCUAAUUGCAUCUGUUUGUGUUUAUUGCAGAAGAGGACAGACAGAGGAGACAGAGAGAAAUAUAUUAGAUGAAGGCAAUUGUGUUGAAGUGGAGAAAUCAGAUUUGGAGGUGAAGUCUCUGAACGGCGAGGAUUGGUGUGGAAGAGGCAAAGAUUGUGGUGAGAUAACGAAGUAGAAGAGGAAGAGGCGAAGGUUGUGGUCGAUCUGCACGAGCACCGAACACCUGAGGUGUACAUCGGAUUUGGAAAGAUGACGACGACGGCGUGAGCAGGUCCAAGCUUCGGCGAGGAAGAAGCUGGAAGAGAGAGAGAGAGCUCUGAGAUGUCUGGAAGACGAUGACGAUGGAGGCGAGCAGGUCCGAUCUCCGGUGAGGAAGCAACGAUGACACAGGAAGGAGACGUGGUGGAGUGGUCGUGCGGCGGUGGGGUGGUGGGGGUGGUGCGACGGAAAAAAAAAAUAUAUUUAUAUAUAUAUAGAUGUAUAAUAUAUUAAUGUAAAUUUAUUUACAGAUUUUGUAUUUUAUUAAUAAAAAUUAUUUUGUUUUGUUUUCAUUUCUGUUUUUUUUUUGUUUUUUGUUUUAAAAUAGCCACUGAUAUGUUGAUUAAACCGUGGCUAAGUAUAGCCACGAAAAAAAUAGUAGCAAAACCGUAGCUAAAUUAGCCACGAAAGUGCAGUGGCAAAACAGUGGCUAAUAGCCACGAAUAGCCACGGUUUUUUCUAGCCACGAGGCUAUAGCCACGGUUUUUUUUCUAUCCAUAAGCGUGGCUAUUUUUUGUAUAGCCACGAUUUUAAGCCGUAUAGCCACAGUUUUGUAGUGGCUAUGCGACAGAUUUUUACUAGUGAUACCAAAAGGAAAAGGAUCCAUUUGAUAACUAACUACUACUACUACUAUUCAUGACUCCACAUCUCAUACAGUUAGGUUAGAUACUUGUAUGUAAUUUUGAACUUUUUGAUCAUUUCUAACGGGAAGUUGUCAUGGAGAGUUUUCAGUAUUAAAAAUGAUAAUAAAUAAAUAAAAGUUAAGAGAUAAAAAGAAAUGGAGUUUUCAAAUAAGAACUUUUAAGAACCUCUUUAGAACCCUAUCCAACAUUUGUCUAUUCUUUAUUAUGUAAUUUUUAAUUCAAAAUUUGAACUUUAAUUUUUUCACAUUAUACUAAAAUAUUAAUUUUUUUGGUUAAAAACUUUAAAGAGUAUCUCAUGGAUGAAGUUGCUCUCAUGGAAACCAAUAAGUAGUCAUUUAUAUAUCAGAUACGAAUGAUUAAUAUUUCAGAGCAUUGUUUAACACUAAAUUCUUAACACUGUUUCUUAAGAUUAAAAAAUAAUGAAAAGUUAGGAAAGAGAAAAAAAAAAUUCUCAAACAAACACCUUUAAAAUAUGUAGAAAUACACUCAUAUAUAUGUGUCAGCUAUUUAUUGGUUGUGUUUUGUAAAAAAAAAAUACAUCAUUAUUUUUUUUGAAGAAAGGGUUUUCAUUAAUGAAUAGAACCAAACUACACAGAAACAAAAAAAAGAAAAUACAGAGACAUGAAGAACAGAGGCUAAACUGAAAAACAAUCCCAU